UGUCGGUUGUAGAAUGGAGAGGCGGUUACAGCACCACGGACAGAGCACACAGCGGCGCCCGACCACUGUUGAGCACUUCAGUAUCUUCAAGCAGCGCUCCAACCCGAGACAGGGCUGUCUCCCGUGACCAGUCGCGCAGCAUUGUAUUCCUUUCUCAUUCCGUCACAGCCGGAGUUGCAGAUGCCUGCGCCGAGGCGUGGAGAUUUUUUUAUUUGUUUAUCCAAGGACUGAUUUUGUUUGUUUUGGAAUUUAUGAAUUUCUCUUUUCUUUCUUUACGUCCUUCGGUCUUUAGCUUCUGCCUGUGGGGAUUGGUUGAGGUACAUUCACCUUGAUGCGCACCGCACGAAAGGAAGUCGGCGACAGAGACACUACAGACAGCCACAAGAACAGCUGUCUCGUUAAUUCGUUCUUAUCUCGAGUGAAAAACGUUUUGUACUAGAGAAAUAUUGGUAACCGUGAACCGACGAGGAUCGUGUAAAAAUGAAAGAAGCUUUUGGUGAAUCUCUUUAGUAAAACGUAUUCAAUUGAAUAACGAUGAGCGAUUGAAAACGAAUGCUUAUAGAGAAAGUGAUAGGCUACUUAUUGGCGAGGGUAGGCUACUAUUUACGGUCUGAAACGCUUGAUUCCAGCACCUUGGACAGUAGCAAACUAGCGAUACUCGCCUCGCUACAGUACUUGAAAUAAGCACAACUGGAUUUAAAAGACCAAGAAAAGGAGAAAAAGGCAAAGUUAUUGGACACAAGAAAUCGCAUCCGUUUGGAAACAAGUGCUGAUGGUACCUCACAGCAACAUAGCAAGACCAUGAGAAAGGUGGAGUUUCCUCGACAGGGCAAAGGAAGAUAACGGGGGCAAGUGAAUCUUACACAGUGCACGUGGCAGAUUAAAUGUCCAGGGCACGAGAGCUGCUGACACUUGUAGCCAGGAUCUGCCGCCUUUGACACAGUGAGGUAGAGUCUCACCCCACCCUACGUCCCUGCUCUCAGCCUCCCCUGAUCCGAGGAUAGCACACGCCGCCUCACCCUGGUACCAUGGGCACCGUGCUGUCUAUCUCCCCCAGCUACCGCAAGGCUGGCCUCUUUGAGGACGGGCCAGCCACGGUGGGCCACUACACGGCCGUGCAGAACAGCAAGAACGCCAAGGACAAAAACCUGAAGCGCAACUCGCUCAUCAACGUGCUGCCAUGGAAGCGCAUCGUGGCCGUCUCGGCCAAGAAGAAAGGCUCCAAGAAGGUGCAGCCCAACUGCGCCUACCAGAGCAACGUCACCCACCUCAACAACGAGAACCUGAAGAAGUCGCAGUCCUGCGCCAACCUCUCCACCUUCGCCCAGGACUCCGCCGGCACCCUCCCCGCCUCAAAGACCUCGGGGAACGUGGUCUCCUCGGUGAAGAAGGUGCCGCUGGGCAGCUCCAACGGCGCGGCGGGGACGCCGAAGCGGGUGAUCGUUCAGGCCUCCACCAGCGAGCUCCUGCGGUGCCUGGGCGAGUUCCUCUGCCGCCGCUGCUACCGACUCAAGCACCUGUCCCCCACGGACCCGGUCCUGUGGCUGCGCAGCGUGGACCGCUCCCUGCUCCUCCAGGGCUGGCAGGACCAGGGCUUCAUCACCCCGGCCAACGUGGUCUUCGUCUACAUGCUGUGCCGCGACGUGGUCUCCUCGGAGGUGGCCACCGAGCACGAGCUGCAGGCCGCGCUGCUCACCUGCCUCUACCUGUCCUACUCCUACAUGGGCAACGAGAUCUCUUACCCGCUCAAGCCCUUCCUGGUGGAGAGCUCCAAGGAGGCCUUCUGGGACCGCUGCUUGUCCAUCAUCAACCUGAUGAGCGGCAAGAUGCUCCAGAUCAACUCGGACCCGCACUACUUCACCCAGGUCUUCGCUGACCUCAAGAACGAGAGCCAGAAAGAGGAGGAGAGGAGCCGCUUGCUCAUUGGGCUAGACCGAUGAGGGACAGUGGGGCGGGGCUGAGCGGGGCAGGUGGAGGAGGAGCAAUAGGCUAUGAAGAUUGCAGUGAUGCACUCUUGUCCGGCAUUUCUCCUUGUUUAAGAGAAUUUGAGCCAUUGAACUAAGUCCAGGGCUGCAUUGGAGGUCUGGAAAUUUACACCAGAUUAGAACCACGGGCUUUGUCUUUAAGGGUAUUUACAUUGUCCUGUGAGGUGUAAAGAAAGUCCCAGAAACAGAUUUACUACAAUCAUUGCAAUAAUUAAUUCCCAUUUUUAAAAAUAAAAAAACUGAAUUGACUUAUUAAACUAGAAGCUAUAUUCUAAUUUUCAAUGUAUUCUAGAGAUGUAAAAGUGAUUUCAGGUAUAUACGGUACAUAAGAAAGUAUGACAGUGGGUGAUCUGUGAAUAAUUUCUCUACCUUUGCUCAGCAUUUCAAAUGUUAUAGUGGCUGGAGUCCAGACAUAUAUAAGUUAUUUGUCUGUAGGCAUAGAAUGCCCUGAUGAACUACUGGAAGGAUUCUAUGAUGAUCUUGUGGACCCCAGGAAGACUAGCAACAGCUCCGGCAACAGCUAAUGGGGAUCCAAUAUAAACAAUAAACAAUAAACAAUCUUUGAAUGUGAGAAUCAGAUGGGAAAGUAGCUAUUUAGACUUAACUAUUUAUCACCUCCAAAAGAAUUCCAAUUUAUUUGGCCUCAGUAGAAUCAAGGAAAAGAAACUUAGCAGAAACAAAAUUCACAGUGAAAAACUUAUAUCAACAAUCUAAUGCUAAAACUAUUUAAAUUGUUGGGGUGUUUGUGUAAAUCUGAAAUUAAAAUGAAAGGCUUCAAAAGCAGAUGUUUGAACAGAAAUGCCAGACCAGAGUUUAUUUUCUGCUUAUUACAUGUGUAUAUAAAUUGGAAAAAGGAAGAUUAAGGGAAAGGAAAAAAGACAAAUAUAAGAUCAAUAGAUGAAUAAAAUUAAAGUACAGUAGGAAUAGGUAACCCUGAUCCUGGAAUACUAGAAAUGUUUUUGCUCUUUAUGAAUUCAAACUGCAUAACUGUAUUAUUAGAUUUAAUGAACACAGUUUACCAUGUGCUGAUAGUAUUCGGGUUUCACCAUUCAGACUGAAUAUUCAGGCUUUAACUCACAAUAAUCAAUCAAACGAGCAAAUGAAACAGAAACAAGGUACAUGGCUGGUGCUCCAUGACUAAGGUUGCCAAAUUUAACAGCCUCAGUGGAAAUGACUGGAGAUUCCAUUGUCACCAGAUUUAAGUACACAUGGUUUUGGGUUGCAGCGCUCAUGCCUGUAACCACGGCUGGACAACCACCCCACCGGUAUGGGCUCUCUAGAGGACGUCAACGGCAGCCGCCUGGGCCCUGAGACUCUGAAACAUUUACAGCCACAGAGCCGUGCGACAUUCAAGGCUCUACGGUGGAGCGCAGCUUGUCUCCCAGCCAUGGCUGAAAACACAGACUGCCAACCCUGAAACGGAAGAGGAUUAUGUGUAUGCUGUAAGCCUCCUCAGGCAGUCUGGAUCACCAGUGGAAAUUCAGAAGGGCCAGGCAAAGAGGGAAAGAGAUGGGUCAACAAACGAGUCUAGAAAAGGAGGACUUUUUGCGUGUUGACGCGCUUCAAGUGUUCAGGGAUGACCUGCUUUGGGGUUCUGCUGAAAGGAACAUGGAUUUUCAAUACCCUUAAAUAGGUUUGUGCCGACAGAGGUUUAUUUAUUUAUUCACCUAUUUAUUCACGGACUCUCUUUUACUGAUGUCUUUUUAGAGUAAUGUGCUACUGCAUGUGUGCCAUUGCAAUCACUUUGGAUGUUUUGGAGGGUGGCUGUCUGUCACCUUGCAUGUUUUUUGUUAAUUGUGAUGCGCCACGCCUGUCUGUAUUGAUGGGACAUUGUCAACCCAGAUAUCAUGGCCUGUUGAGCAGUUGCUUGAUAAAAUAUGGAUUUAUUUGUUUAUUUAUUUAUUUUUUGCUGCAUCACAAUCUGGUUUGAGCAGAUAUCCCUUCUUUCCCUCUGAGAAGUGCCAUACUUGGACAAAAAUCACACCAGCCUCAAAAAAAUCAUCAAUUACUAUAAACGGUCAUUUAAAAUUUCUUUAAACAAAUGAGCCUUUAUUAGCAAAACCUCUCAUCACACAAUCUUCCAAUCUUGGGAAUGAAGGAAAUAACUGAUUAGACAGUACACAUUGGAACUUGUCAAAAACCUAAUCAACAGAUUAAAAGGGAGAGCCUUUGCAAACUGGUCUAGGUAUUUGACGAGAAUGAGGUUAGAGGCUGAUGCAAUAUAUCUGUCCAGGAUUUAGCAAAGGAUUUAGAGGAAAACCAAUCUCAAUGUCAUCAGAUCCGAGAAGAGAAAUCCUCUGUUGUUAGACAUGGGGCCAGUUGCAGGCGAAUCAGCAGGAGGCAUCCUGCCAAUUCUUGCGCAAACAAACAUUAGAAAACAAAACAGGGUCACCCUUGCUUCUCUGAGCAGGGAGAUCUUUACGUUCAUUCUGGGUUUUCACUGAGCACAGACCAAUCUAAGCUAUCCUCAAACUAAACAUAAGACGUUAUCAGCAAACAGGUCCACUGCUCUUUAGCGACUCUGGGCUUCCAAAGGUUGGGUUUGAAAGAUUUUCCUGGACUGCUUUGAAGAUAAAGAUAAAUAUGUUAAAUAAUAUUUAACACUUUCAGACUAAUGGAUGAUUAUGUUAGCUGGAGUAGCAAAUGCCAACACCACCUUAAGAGCAAGUGGAAUCUGGGGCUCACCUUGUCAGAGAUGUGCAUAAAGCAAGCUAUAUCUGGUAGGAACACUCUUCCCAUUCAAAAAGUAAUUGUACAAAAAUGAGAGUGCUGUGCUGUGCAUGCUCUUUGAACAGAAGAUUCAUGAACAGAAGAUUCAUCUGCAGCGUAUGAACAGAUCGCAAAGGGAAACAAGAGAAACGCUUUACAAACAUUUCUUUAAAAAAGUAGAGACUUUUCGCACUGAAUCUUCACUUGCAAUUAACUGUGCAUGAUUUUCAGAUGCCUGUCUUUCAUCUUUCUUUACAAAAGGAAUUGGAACAUGGCGGCAGAUACAUGUGGUCCUGAUUAGGCUCGUUUUGAUUCUCUGCUUCACCGUGCUGAAGGACGCACCGCGUGUGCUUUUUGCUGGAGAAGGAAGCGUAUGUAUUACGUGUGUGUUGUGUGAGAAGUGGGACUACGCCCUUCAAAUGGGAGAAGGGCUCCAAUAAAAAAAGGCUCUACGCUGGGAAUUAUGCUGACGGACACUCAGUUCCACCAAUGGCAGAGGUUCUGGUGAAUGGUGCAAUACGAAAACGUGUCUUAUCUAAGACGCAAGGUCCAUAGAGAAUACAGGGCCUGGAAGUGUUGGGGUGGCAAGGCGGAAUAUUGAAGUCCACCCACCCCUCUUUAAAGUAUGGUUAUCCUGAUUCACUAUAAUGUGCCAUUUUUCACCUUCAAAAGCUAAGUAGUAGUUUCAAAAAGUAAUUUAAGAAGUGGGAAAAAAAGUAAAAUUGCAUUUUUUUUCUCUUUUGUGUAUCCUGUUGUAUACCAUUGUUGAACAAAAAAAGAAAAAAAAAACUGUGUUACAACCUAGAAAGGAGAGUUGCUCUGUGACUGCGUGUAUGUAUGUGUGUAUGAGAGAGAGAGUGAGAGACUACAUAGGAAAGAGAGAAUGUGUAAUUUUUUAAUUUUUGGAUGGAACUGGUUGAGGUGGGGUAGGAGGAGAUCUUGGUUGGGACGGGAGGAGUCCUGGGUGCGGUGGGAGGACUUUGGAGUAGCGUGGGAGGUGUUUGGAUGGGGUCUAACUGAUAAGAGGUGCUCGCAUUUUAAAAAGAUAAAGAAACAAGUGAAAUGCUGUAAUUCAAUUUUUUUUCCUGUUUGUUUAUUUCCACUUAUUUUUAUUUAUUUUUGUACUGUGAUGAAAAAUAAAUUGCACUGAUUGUUCAUGACGCACAGUA